UUAAAGAAUUUUCUAAUAUGAAUUUCAGUCGUUUUAUCCUACAAGUGUACAAUGACGGUGAUUUCGAUUUUUGGGACGUAGCACGCACUUUAGUCGCAGUUGUAUGGGAUGCCCAUGGUAGGAUUUUUCAUGGAUACGAAGUGUGUGGUUUGGAUAAUUUGCCGAAAACUGGACCUGCGUUGAUCAUAUACUACCAUGGAGCUAUUCCUAUCGAUAUGUACUAUCUGGUGGCGCGUGUUUAUUUGAAGAAAUCCCGUUUGGUCUAUACCGUUGGCGACCGAUUCCUAGAAAUGUUACCCGGUUGGUCGUGUCUGGCUCGGGUAAUGAAAGUAAGCCCUGGCACGGUACAAUCCUGCUCUAACGUGCUGAAGGAAGGAAAUAUGUUAUCAAUUGCACCGGGUGGAGUUUAUGAAGCUCAGUUCGGUGACAGCAACUAUGAGUUGCUGUGGAGACGGCGGGUCGGAUUCGCCAAAGUAGCCAUUGAAUCCAAAGCACCUAUUAUUCCAAUGUUCACCGAAAACCUACGAGAAGGGUUCCGUUCGAUUGGCUUUGCCAAACGGUUAUUUAUUCGACUGUACAAUGCCGUAAGGUUUCCGGUGAGACCGGUCUAUGGGGGGUUUCCGGGUAAAUUUAGGACCCAUUUGGGAAAACCGAUCGAGUACGAUCCAUCGUUAACGCCGGAGCAACUGCAGGAAAAAGUGGCGUUUGCUAUUGAGGAACUGAUUAAUAAGAACCAACGAAUACCUGGCAGUAUUCUGCACGGGUUGAUAGAUAGAUUUGUGACGAAAAAGAAGAAUGAAUGAAAUGACUGUUUUGUACAGGGACUGAUGUAAAGCGAACAACCUUAUCCGUACUACUGUAUCCGUACUUAUGCAUGUGGCUUGCAAAUAUAGUUAUACUGGUCAAAGUGUU